AUGGAUCCAGGCCCUCCGAUGUACACCGUGACCUUGCUGACGCUUUCAGGCUCACCCAGCGCGGAGUUCGAGCUGCCGCCCGCCACCUCGGUCGGCGAGAUCUUGCAGAAGGCUCGCGCCACGGCGUCCGACAGUCGGACGCAGUUGAAGUUGCUUCUUCAGGGACGGGCACUGCAGGCGAAAGAGACCUUAUGUUCCCUCAGCUUGCCUCCGCCUCCCGCUGUGGUGGAGCUGCAGCUUAUCUGCCAGCCGAGGCUCAUCGAGCGCAUCGCUGCACAAACCUCCGACUACCAGAGGGUAUCUAUCGGGAUCUGUGGGCAGCGGCGGGCGGGAAAGACGUCUCUCUUGAACCAAUACAUCGAGCGAGCCUGCGUUGCAGAUGAGUUUGUGAGCGUCAUCUCCAUCGACUUUAAGGUUGCGAAUUUACGCGUCGAACGUGACGAAGCCUUCGUUCCUGUCAAGCUCCUUCUUUGGGACUUGCAUGGGCUUCAUCGUCCGCACACGCCGCCUGUGCACGCCAACAUGUUCCGGCACAUGGCGGCCAUACUCUUCGUUGCCGACCUGGAUACUCCAUGGUUCGGGGUUGUCUUGAACCAUUUUGACCUCCUUGAGUCGCUUGCACUGGACGAGAUUCAGAGACUACUGGACAUUUCCGCGCCCACGUCCGUCCUGGAGAGAGUGGUUGUGGGCAACAAGGCAGAUGCGUGUGCCCCCGGAAGCAGCGAAGCAGCACAGUCCUUCGCUGGGGAGCGUGCCCUGCCCUACUUCGAGACCUCUGCCAAGGACUAUGAGAGUGUAGAGUCGGCGAUGCACCAGAUUCUGCUUUCCGUGCUGGAUAAGCUGGAGCUGAAGUUGACGCCCUUGUCCAAGGGCCCUCCACCACCUCCCCCGCCCAAUCGCUGCACCUUGCUAUGA